UUCAAGCCAUGCACUUCCCUAAGAACACAAUGAGUCGUAAGCAAAAUGGACAAAUCAAAGCAACUGACAAGACAAACAAAUUGCACAAAUUAAACCCAUUCCUUGAUGAGCAGGGUGUGCUCAGGGUAGGAGGGCGUUUAACCCACUCCAGUCUUCACCCUCACGUGAAACACCCAGCUAUCCUUCCCAAGGAAAACCAUUUGUCAACACUCCUUAUCAAGCAUUAUCAUGAAAGGGUGCAACACCAGGGACGGGGUAUGACUGUUAAUGAACUGCGAGCCAAUGGUGUUUGGAUUCUUGGAUGCAGUAAGGCAGUCUCGUCACAUAUUUACAACUGCACAAGGUGUAGGAAGUAUAGACGCAGCACUGAAGAACAACGGAUGGCUGACCUCCCACAAGAGCGUGCAGAGUUGACUCCACCCUUUACAUACUGUGGGAUGGACUGCUUUGGACCCAUCUAUAUUAAAGAGGGAAGAAAGGAGUUAAAACGUUACGGACUUUUACUGACAUGCAUGUGCUCCAGAGCCAUACAUAUCGAGAUGCUCAAUGACUUAACAACGGAUGCAUUGAUCAAUGCUCUGCGCUCAUUUAUUGCAUUGCGUGGAAGUGUCAGACAACUUCGCUGUGAUCAAGGCAGCAACUUUAUGGGUGCAAGGCGUGAGUUUGCUGAAGCUAUGAAGGAGAUGGAUGGAGAGAAACUCAAAAAAUUUGGAUGUGAGUUCAUUAUGAAUACUCCAUCUGCGAGUCAUCAAGGUGGCCUUUGGGAACGGCAAAUACGAACGGUACGUAAUGUCCUUUCAUCCAUCCUUGACCAGUCGGAUAAAAGACUUGACAGCAGUUCUUUAAGAACUUUCCUCUACGAGGUUAUGGCAAUUGUAAACAGCAGGCCAUUAACAACAGAACAUUUGCACAAUCCAUCUGGUCCAGAACCUUUGACGCCUAAUCACAUCUUGACUAUGAAGUCCAGCGUUAUUGCUCCCCCUCCUGGAAGGUUUAUCAAGGAAGAUCUGUACCUUCAAAAACGAUGGCGCAGAGUACAGUUCCUAGCCAACAGCUUUUGGGCACGGUGGAAGAAGGAAUAUUUGUUAAAUCUUCAGAACCGGCAAAAAUGGAGCAAGGUGAGAAGAAAUGCAAAGGUCAACGAUAUUGUGCUACUUAAGGAUGAUUCUGCACCACGUAACCAGUGGAAAAUGGCAAGGAUCACGGAUGUGUAUCCAGGGAAGGACGGACAAGUGAGAAGCAUCAGGCUGUUGAUCAGCGAUUCAACUUUAGAUAAUAAGGGAAGGCGGACCACAAAACCCACCUAUCUUGAGAGGCCCAUUCAGAAGAUAGUAACUUUACUAGAAGCUGAUGGAUGAAUCAUUUUCACACCUUUCACACUUGACACCUUUCGUACUUUUCACGCUAGUUGUUCUUUAAUCUCAAAUGUGAUUUGUUAUGAUUCACAAUGGUUCAAUUUAACGCAAAAUCACAGGUGAUUUGGUGGGAGUGUUACUGACAGAAUUUAUUCAAUGCUCUUCUUUGUAUGUCUGUAACAAAUAUUUGUAAUGUUCCUUUAAGUAAUGCGUUUGGUCCAGAACUCAGUGGAGCGGAAGUAACAUUCAGUGCGGACUUUUUAGAGUGUGACACAAGCAACAAGGACUAUGGGGGCGUGGGUUUCUGCAUCUCCUCGCCAUCUUCAUACAGGACUUAAGUAUAUAAAGGACUCAUGUCAGUUGUUAUGGUGAAGUUAUGUGUCAAGUCCAAUUUUUGAUCCGCUCAUUGAGAAGAGUGAAGUGCAACUCCGAAGUUGAUCGUAUUUCUCCCGUUUGGUUACAGCAGGCAAUGAGGUGCGUUCAAGGUGUCUGUUAAUUUGAGUUUCCAUGUAAAUGUGAUGAAACAGGCAUUUUAUGUCUGUAAACCUAACAUGUACUGGGUUUAUAUUGGUCAUAGUGUUAUUAUAAGGCAUGUUACAUGAUGUCUAAAUGAUUGAAGUUUGCUGAAUGUGUAAGAAAGGAAUUAAUGGUUACUGUUUAGGAAUUGUGAGGUUUCUAAAUACAAUUUUUAUUUUAUUAGUUCUCACGAUGGCAACGCUGAGUGAUCCUGUUGGUGAGCUUGGAAUAAACCAUCUGUAUAUAAAGAACUUGUCCUCGUGGUGACUGACGGGAGUAACAUGAACAACGGUGAACUUUUCAGCGAAGACGAGGUGGUCGAGCAGAUUCCAUCAGGACAACAAACCAACUCCUCUGAACCAGGACAACAAACCAUCUCAUCUGAAUCAGGUGAAGAAGUGAAAAAGCGCUGGAAAAACCUCAGAGAUACUUUCAUGAGGACCCGUAAAGCACUCAAAAAUAAGAAAAGUGGCUCAGCAGCUGGUGAUCAGAGGAUAUGGAAGUACUUCCACGUUAUGUCCUUCCUAGAGCCUUAUAUAAAGGAGCGUGAUACUAGUGGAAACCUGAAAGCAGAUGACCCAGAGGGGGAGGAGGGGGAGGUGGUAACGUUGACCGUGGUGCCUGUGACCGAGGAUGAAGAUGAUGGGGCUGCUGAUCUAUUGCACACAACAGCCAGUGAUACCACUAGUGAUUCCAGCAGCUUUGACCUGUCAUAUCAGCAAAUGCCACAAGCAUCUUCUGAAAAGACCAACCCAGGGAAACGAAGAAGGCCUGACCAAACCAGCUUUGAGGAGUCCAUCCUCAGCAGGGUGGAUAAUAUUCGAGCCUACAUCCAACAUACGGCUGAAGAUGAAGAUGAGCUCUACUUACAAAGCCUUUUGCCCAUUCUCAGACGACUUAGGGGAGCCCAAAAAUCUGAGGCCAAGAUGGAAUUAAUCAGAGUGCUCCAUAAAUUUGAGUUUGGAGAAGAAUAAUUAUCUUGAUGAUAGUGAUUAACUGUUUAUUAUGUUCAUAAAAAGUUCAUAUAAAUAUUUCAUAGUGAAAUUCCCCAUUUUUGCACACUAAGUUUACAGCCUGUAAUUGUUCUAUAUUGCAGACAAAAGAAAAAAUGUUACUUGUUAAUUUAUUUUUGUUAAAAAAAAAU